UGAGGGGUGGCUCUGGGAAAGUCCCAGGGGGUGGGGGCAGCCUCCCCAGCCUCUACAAGGCAGUUACCACCUUGACUCCAGCCCCCACUGGGGAGAAGUCUUCCCCCCUCUGGCUGUAAUUCCACAGUUAGGACUUCAUACUUUUGACUUAAGGCUGAAUUUUCUGUUACCACGUGGAUGCCCCAGGUGGAGAGGCCCACUCCUGCUUAAGAACACCAUGAAUGCAGGAGCCUUGUGGGGAGCUCAACAGUUGGCUAUUGGAGAGAAGGGAGCUGUGGCACUGAGAGACCACCAGGCCAGGCAUGGCCCUGAGCCCAGAGGCUAGUCUGGUCCUCUGUGAAAGCUCAAAGACGACACCUGAUCUCAGCUUCACCGAGGCCCCAGAUUUCAGCUCCAGCACCAUCUCUGGGCCCCACCUGGACAUGAACUUUGUUCCCCUUAUAAACCCAGCCCUGAAUCCUGGCUCAGUUCUUGUUCCAGACCUCAAUCCAACUCUGAGUCCUGUCCCAGAGGAGGCCCCUGGCCUGGCAUCUGGUAACACCCCCAGCCCUGAUGACAGCCAGACUGUGGGCCCUGCCUCCCUCCAGAUCAUCACUCCUCACUCUGGUGAAGCCUUGGGCCUGAGUUCAAAUCACAUCUUGAAGCCUAACUUGCAGAGGGCCCUAGGUCCAGCCUCAAACCUCGUUCUGAGCCCCAGCGCUACUGAGGCCCAUGCUCUGGGUUCAGGGAGUCAUUCUGGGCCUGAUGCUGAGGAGGCUUUCAACUCACUCUCAGGCAAGAUUGCUGAUUUGGGUCAGAGUAACUCCAACCCUUCCAGGUCUGAGGCAAAUCCAUUUAUAAGGCCCUAUUCAAGAGAAGCCCUGGUUGUGGGCCAGUGUGUCUCCAGGCCAGGCUCGAAAGCACUCCUUAUUCCUGCCUCAAACUCCUCUCUGGACCGGGAUUCCAGCCAAAUACUUGGUGUGGGCUCAAGAAACACCUCCAAGCUGGACCUACAUGCAGCUUCAGGUUCUGUUGGGACCCUGAUCCCAGAUACCAAUGAGACCAUCACUGUGGUUUCACAUAAGAUCUCCAGGUCUGUCUCAAAAGGAGCCUUUGGUGCAGCCUGGAACACGAGUUCCAAGGGAACCAUCAAUGUGGCUUCAAAUUGUAAUCCCAGGUCUGACUUGAACAUGACCAUCACUCAGGCCUCAUGCUUGACCCUAAUUCCUGGCUCCAGUGACGGUAUCAGCCUGCACUCUAGUACCCAUGGACCCAAUUCCACCCUUUCUCCACCCUCAUGCAUGACCCUGAUCUUGGCCUCCAAUGAGACUCUCAGUCUUGGCUCCAGCCUUAUCUUCAGUGACACCUCCACCCUGACAUUGAGCAGCCAGCAGGAUUAUUCUGAGGACAACAGCAUCCAUGCCAUACCCUUGGAUGAGAAUCUGGAGAGUUGGGGCGAGAUGGUCAGCCCUGAGACGGGCCAGUUUCCGCUGGGGUUCCCCACCUGUAACAUCACAGACAAGGACACCACAGCCUUCCAAAGCAUCCCAGAGGGAGCCUUCGAUGAAGUGGCCUCCUGUUUGGUGAAGGUGCCAGGGAAGAGAGACAAAGACAGCAAGAUGGCUCUGGUGGAGAAUGUCAUCACCCUCCAGAAGUGCCAGGAUGUGCUAGAAGCAGAAGGAGAGAAGAAGACCAUGAUGAAAAAGAUGAUGAGGCAGAUCCAGGAAGAGCCACUGGAUUCCCUCUCGAGCACCGUCCGCUGGCAGGCCAUGGAGACCCUGACCCAGCUGAGUCACACCCAGCCCAUCCUGGGAUGGCAAGAACGGUCAGAGCUGGUGGACACGUGUGUGAAGAGCGUGUUCUCCCUUCCAUCGGUGCAGGCCAUGCAGGAGAAGGACGAGGCCAAGGCUGAGGCCAUACAGAAGCUUUACCAGCAGACCCUGGAUGCCCUGCAGACCCUGCUCAACGCCCUCUUUGUUGAGGACCCCACUCCUGCUGGGCUGAAGAGCAUCUUGGAGCCCCUGGGGCCCUGGAUGAACUCCGGGAAGGCCCAUGAGCGAGCACGGGCCGUGAACAGCAAUGUCUCUGUGUUGAAUCACACACUUCUGACCCUGCCUUUCUUUAUGUCCUCGGGGUUCCCGGCGCUGGGGCUUCUGCUGGGGAGGCUCAUCCUUCGCAUCGGGGAUCCUGAUGAGGAGAUUGGCCGGGAGGCUCUGGACGGCAUCAUCAUCCUCUACACCAUCCUGGAGCUCCAAAAACGAACCAGAGAUAAGGAAGAGACCAAUAAGGAGGAGCUGUAUGAGAGCAACAAGCGAUUCCUGGGGCCCUACAACCCUGUCAGCCCAUGCCAGAACAUUCUGCGUGUGAUCGCGGAAUUCGGAGACUUCCUGGGACCCCAGCAGGUAAAGGACCUGUUGCUCGCAGCCCUGGAAGGCUUGAAAGGCAGCUCAGAGACCCGGGGGAAGGACUCUGGGGAGAUGAUGCAGCUGGCCUCGGAGGUCACGCUCAGCUCCGUGCUGGAAUGGUACCGCCACAGGGUGCUGGAGGUGAUCCCAGAAAUCAUGCAGGGCAUCUAUGUGCAGCUGAGCCACAUCCAGGAGCCACGGGCCCGUGAGGUGGCCCUGCUGCCCGUCUCCCUCCUGGCCAGCUCCUUCAUGACCGAGGUGGUUGUGGCCCUGCUCACAUGCCCUCUACCGCUGGACAGCAAUGGUGCAGAGAUGUGGAGGCAGCUGAUACUGCGCAAGCCCAGCUGUGAUGUCCGAGAUCUCCUGGACCUACUCCUCACCAGUCUGAAGGAGAAACCCUUCACCAAGAAGGGCCGGGCCUCCAUCGUGCCCCUAGCGGCAGCCAGCGGCCUGUGUGAGCUCCUGUCGGUCAACAGCUGCGUGGGCCGCGUGAGGCGCAUCUACCCCCAGCUUCUCCUGGCCCUGCUCAUUCAGGUCCAUUAUCACAUCGGCCUCAACCUGCCAGGCCGCAUGGCUUUCCGCAAGGAUACCAAGAAGGACACUCAGCCUUCUGUCUUCGUCCCCGUGCGCUGGGUGGUCAAAGUGGUGAAAACCCUGCUGCUGAGGAUGGGCUGUUCGUAUGAGGCCACCUUUCUGGAGGACCAGGGCGGCUGGGAGCUCAUGGGGCAGGCGGAGAACCACCACCGAGGAGUGUCCCUGCUGGCAAGGGCCAUGGUGCACUACUCCUGCCAGGAGCUAUGCCGCAUCCUGUACCUGCUCAUCCCACUCCUGGAGAGAGGCGACGAAAAGCACAAGAUCACUGCCACCGCCUUCUUUGUGGAGGUACCGAGGGGCAGCAGGCACGGGCUCCUUCAGAUGGAGCAGGUGCGGCGGAUCCCAGAGGAGUACUCUCUGGGGCGGAUGGCAGAAGGCCUGAACCACCAGGAACCCAUCAUGAAGGUGCUGUGCAUCCGAGGCCUGGUCAUCUUGGCCCGCAGGACUGAGAAGACUGCCAAGGUGCAGGCCCUCCUGCCCUCCAUGGUGAAGGGGCUGAAGAGCAUGGAUGGGCUGCUGGUGGUGGAGGCCGCCCACAACCUCAAGACCAUCUUGAAGGGGCAGGACCGGAAGCUGACGGACAGCUCGGUCUAUGUGGAGAUGCUGCAGAUCCUGCUGCCACACUUCAGCGAUGCCCCCCUCCCCCCCAGUGAGUGGAAGGAAGGCUGUGUGCCUCCAUGGGGGGCCCAGAGGCAGCCUCCUGGAGGAGAGAGCAUGCCUCAGCCUCUGGAUCUGCCCCAGUCACGAGAGGAUGUGCGCUCCUCCUGCAUCAACCUGUACGGCAAGGUGGUCCAGAAGCUGCGGUCGCCCCGCACCCCAGCCAUGGAGGAGCAGCUGAUCAGCACCUUGGUGCCCUUGCUGCUGACCAUGCAAGAGGGCAACGCCAAGGUGAGCCAGAAAUGUAUGAAGACCCUGUUCCACUGUUCUUGCUUCAUGGCAUGGGAAUUGCCGAAAAGAGCUUAUAGCCGGAAGUCCUGGGACAACCAGCAGCAGACGGUGGCCAAGAUAUGCAAGUACCUUGUGACUACCCACCAGGACAGCGCCUUCACAUUCCUCAGCCAGAGCCUGGAGUAUGCCAAGAAUUCCCGGGCCUCCCUCCGGAAGUACUCAGUCAUGUUCAUAGGGUCCCUGGUCCCUUGCAUGGAGAGCAUAAUGACAGAAGACCGUCUGAACGAAGUGAAAGCAGCUCUGGAAGACCUGAGACACGACCCAGAAGCAUUGGUGUGCAUCUAUGCAGCCCAGGCCCAGGACCACAUCCUGGCCAGCUGCUGGCGGAACUCCUGGCCGCUGCCGCACGGGGACUCGUGGGUGUGUGACCCGGUCCCCACGCACCGCUGGAGCCCUAGCUGUGAGAACCUGCCCACUUCCCACCAGCGGCGCUCCUGGAUCAUGCAGCUGCUGGGUUCCUGGAAGAUGUCCUUGAAGCAGUGAUGUCCCUGAGCCCCCAGCCCUCCUCAGGGGCGGCCACGGCCACAGCCAUGCCCCCUAUAAAUGCCACGUGGCUUACCUCUC